AUGAAGGACUACAGAAGGUUUAUUGUGAACUUUACAGUAAGUUUUAUAACUAUUAUAGUACCCUAUUAACUCCUACCCUACCCUACCCUACCCUACCCUACGCUUUACUUUACUCUAUCCUACCCAUUUCCAUACUAGUCUACCCUACUUUAACCUGUCCUUUACUAAACUACUGUACCUUAUCUUACCUAGCUUCUUGGAAAGAUGGUUAUACUAACUGUAAGCAGUAAUACUGAGUAAAUUCCAGCUUUUCGACUUAUUGUUUACAUUUACCUUGGGAACGUUGGUUAAACCAGACACUAUAUUUCCGUUCCAAGGAUGUUAUAUAAACGGGUGGUUACGGUACUUUGGUCAUUACGGUGCUAACGUUGCUGUAAGUGCACGUUGUAGUGUUUUUUUUUUAAAAUAAUUUUUAAAAUCAAAAAAUUGACGUUUAAAAUAAUACUCUUGUUUCGUACUGUAAUAUCGUACUUUAAAAUAGUACUUUUUAUAUAAAACUUCCUCAUCCUCGUACUGUACUUUAUAUUUUAAUUUAUACUGUGCCGUACUAUCUCAUCUUCUACUGCACUGUACUGUCUUUUUAUCACUGGACUUUGCAAACUACUAAUUAGCUUCAACGAUAUAUUAUACGACUAAGAAUGUUAUUUCAGAUUGUACUAAUAAUAAUAAGCGGAAGUCUAGCCAUAGCAAUGCAAGCCAUUUGUCUUGUGUACCGUUUUUCGGUACUACAAGGCAACCACAAAGCUAUGGAGUUCAUUUUGUCGUGGAAAACAUGGACGGUAACCUAUGUUUGUCUGGUUUGCAGUUACACUUUGGCCGCCGUUUUGGUGUUUUCGAAGAUGAAUCUGACUGAAGAAGUACAGGUUUUAUACUUUUUGUAAUGUAAUUCACUAAAAAACAUUUUUGGGUUUUGGAACAAAAUGUCACAAAAAAUAUUGGAAAGUUUUUUUACGAAGUGCUACGAAAAUUAUUAAAAACUUUUUGAUUUUGACGAAAUGUUAUAAAAUAUUAGUAUUUUUCUUUCCAGUAAUAAAUAUAAUCACACUAAUGCAAAUAAAAAAUUUUUUAACUUUUUUUUUAAGUUAAUAACUUUUGAGCGAAAUAUCAAAAACUUUAAUAAUUGAUUUUUAGACGAAAUGCCACACAAUGAAACAGAAUAAUUCCUAAAUUUGUACUUUUUAAAAAAAUUAAUAUUAGAGCUUAUAGGAAAUAAAACAAGAAAUUACAAGAUUAGCACCAGAACUAGAUGCACCAUUACCAGAUUUUACCAAAGUAAUCAUGUACUUACCGCCUACAAAUUCAGUGACGUUACAAGGUGGAAUAUUCAUAAUGGUUAACUUUUUAAUCAUGGAAAUGGUAUCAUUAGUUUGUGUCAUAUUUCUGUUAAAAAAGCUCGAGAAAAUGAAACAAGCCUUCUCUACUGUAACUUACAGGCUACAUCGAGAGUUGACUGUGGCUUUGGGGAUGCAGGUAGAGUAA